GUUGACUGUCCCUUUAAACAGGAGAAAGAAAAAAGCUUCUGAACCGGCUUUUGCGCGUGCGUAGCAAUAUAAUGGUCGUCGAGGCAAUACUGGAGUAUAGAGCGCAUUCCUAAAGAACAAUAGACACUGUCACCCAUCCCAAACAGACCAGAAGUAGUCAUGGGGAGUGUGUUCUUGCCGUCGGACCUCGCCAACACAGUGCUGAGGCGUUUGCGCAGGGACAACGGCUACCUGUUAGAGGAGAUCCGUCAGGGCAACAUCCAGAGAGAGUGCAGAGAGGAGAUCUGCACCUACGAGGAAGCCAGGGAGGCCUUUGAGAACGAUGAGAAAACUCAACGGUUCUGGGAGGAGUAUGUGCGGGAGAGCAGUGGCGGGCAGCAGUUGGAGGGCAGAGUCCACUCCCUCUACCUGAUCCUCCCCUUGCUCCUGGUGCUCCUGAUCUCCGGCGUGGCCAUCACUGUGUGGCGCUGCCACUCCCGCAAGCGCUCGGAACGCAACCCCGCCCUGGGCCACUCCCACCGGGACCCUACCCUAUCGUUGGUCUCCAUGGACCGGUGGGGGCGGGACCUCCACGACCACUCGGAGCUCAGCGUCAACAGCAGCCCCGCCGACCCGGGCUCGGAGGUCACGCCGGCGAGGGGAGGCAGAGGAGACCCGCCCCCGUCUUACGACGAGGCGGUCGGGCACACAGAUGUGCACAUAGAGACAGAGCCGCCUCCUCAAUAUGAGGACAUCAUUGGCCAUGGGAAGUGAAGUGACCCCCCCCCCACCCCCUGUCUCAACCGGCCCCCAUCCAGCUAGAUCAAGGGUGUCAAACUCAUUCCAUGGAGGGCCGUCUGUCUGCUGAUGUUUGUUUUUUUUCUUCUCAAUUCAGACCAGCUGAGGGGAGGUACUAACUAAUCAAUGACCUUCAUUCGUCAGUCAGGUCCAAGGGAGGAGGGAAAACCUCGGUGGAAGGGAGGAGGGAAAACCUCGGUGGCAGGGAGGAGGGAAAACCUCGGUGGCAGGGAGGAGGGAAAACCUUGGUGGAAUAAGUUUGACACAUGAGCUUAGAUCCUCCUGCCCGGUCUCACCCUCCUGCUCACCUCCCUCUAACUGUUAUGUUACUACACUAACACAGAGAUGUUGGAUGCAAUAACGUUGAUUCUUGCACUGACCAUCGGAUAGGGGUGGAGUGAUGGUGAAGAUGAUACCAAAUGUUUGAUUUUGCUAUACCCAAAUGUACAGUUAUUUAACCAUACUGCCAUACAUCAGUGAUGUUAUGAGUACGCUGGAGGUUUGGGGCUUGAUGAAUGGUGUAAAGUAAAAAAAGAACUGUUCUGAUUUCCAUACUUCUAAAAAAGGAGAGAAAUGUAUCAAAUCUGAUAACUAAAGUUAUUUUCAAAACAUGAACAUUUAAAAAGUAUUAUUUCAAGCUGUGCUUUCUGAUCUGUGUGUGUGUAUGUAUGUAUAUGUAUGUAUAUGUGUGUAUGUAUGUAUAUGUGUGUGUAUGUAUGUGUAUGUAUAUAUGUAUGUGUGUAUAUGUGUAUAUGUAUAUGUGUGUAUAUGUAUGUAUAUGUGUAUAUAUAUAUAUAUAUAUUGUGUGUAUUUUGUUUUGAAUGUUUGGGGAGUGAAUUGUGAUUUUUUUUUUUUUGUAAUUUGUACACAUAGACUUGGAUGGAUCUAUCCCAGCGUCAUAUGAAUUAGUCAGGGACAGUCAAUAUUCUUAGACCAUAUUCCCUAAGGGUGCAUCCCAAAUGUUACCCUAUUCCCUAUGUAGUGUACUAAUUUUGACUCGUCCAUAUGGGUAUUAGUGCACUAAAUAGGGCAUAGUGUCUCUGUGUGGCACUAUGGGAGCUGUGCUGGCAUGGAGCGCAGCGUGACCUGCGAGGGGACAGGAAGCUACAGACAAUUAUCCAUUUUCUCUCUUUGGGCUACAUACAGUAUUAAAUGUCACUACGCACAGUGUAUGUGUGUGAGAGCGCAUUUUUCUUUUACUGCGGAUAUCAGCACCGACUACAUUGAUAAUAAUGGUGUGAAUAACAUGAGGUGUGUGACUGAAGGCACUUUGUGUUGUGGCAGUUGGUUUGGUUCUAUUCAGCACUACCAAUAAUGUCGUCAGCUUUUGGGCGACUGUAUAUUUUACAUGCCAAUUAUGCAGCUGGGGGACUAAAUGUAGACAUCCUAAACACUAAAUAUCUGUGUAAUAUUCAUUAUUAUUAGUGAUAUUGAUACAUGUAAUAUGACGGUGGCCCUGUAAACACUUAUUUCUUGAGACAAUGUAGUUUGACCGGGGUUCAAUCUUAUCCGCGUUGACAUUUUAACAGUAAUUUCCGAUUGUGCCGACAUUGCAACGUGUACUGUUAAUGCGAUCUCAGCAAACGGUGGGAACAUUGCCUUUGGGGCGGCAGGGUAGCCUAGUGGUUAGAGCGUUGGACUAGUAACCGGAAGGUUGCAAGUUCAAACCCCCGAGUUGACGAGGUACAAAUCUGUCGUUCUGCCCCUGAACAGGCAGUUAACCCACUGUUCCUAGGCUGUCAUUGAAAAUAAGAAUUUGUUCUUAACUGACUUGCCUGGUUAAAUAAAGGUAAAAUAAAAUAAAAAGGCGUAUUGUGGACAGCACUCUACGUAUUGAAGUACGGCCUUUGUCUGCACAACAAUGUUUACACCGUAAUUGUGCCGUGUCUCUACAAAAAUAAUCACACAGCGUUGAGAUCUUUUUGCGUUGCAUCACAACCAUUGUGCCAAAUGUGUUAUACAUCAGUUGUAGGACUUGAGUGUGCACGGGGCCUGUGUAAUCUGUACACUGCAGAUGUAUUUUGUUGACCUGUGGAACUGCAGCACUUAUCUCUAUGCUAUAUGACCUGUGAUUGGGAUGUGCUGGUUGAGGUAGACAUUUUGGUUGGGUUUAUGGCCCUGUCCAGAAAUGGCCCCUACCCUUUUAAUCAGGGCUCAGGAGAGAGAACAGGGUUGGAGUGAGAACCUACAGGAGGGUAGCUCUCCAGGAACAGGGUUGGAGUGAAAACCUACAGGAGGGUAGCUCUCCAGGUUGACAGAUAAGUUUACUUCAUUUCAUGCAAUUCUAUUCAUUUUGCCAUGGGGUAGUUUAACAGCAAAUGUUCUGCAAUUUGGCACAUUUUGCAUUAGGGUGGAGAGAUUUUUUGUUGUAGCAGUUUUUAAUAUCUGAUUGAGAUUAACAAAAUCAAUAGGGGCCCCCGGUUUAUAAUUUUACCAUAAUAAAAGGUUUAGAUAGCUGGCCACUAAAACAAGCUAUCUAAAAAUGUUUAGCUGACAUGAGCUAAUUGAAUGACUUGACAUAAGAGAAACUGCUGAUGCACAUCCACAUUUGGAAAUUGCAAUUUGUGUAUUCUAUUCUAACUCUCAACAGUAGUAAGUUGAUACCCUGACAGUUCCUAUUAUUAUUAUUAUUAUUAUAUUAUUGAUCUGAUGGCCUUCGAAAGGGUGGCCGUCAGUUGCCCAGCCCCAUGCUAAAGCAAUAUGGUGAUAGUUCCACCUUUCCCUCUGAUAGGCUAAGUGGAAUAGUUGCUAUUUUGCUUACAUCUGUCCAAUCAUUUCAGAUCUUUUAAGUGUACACAUAGGUGGUAGAAGAUGAGUUUCUGGACAUGACCUAUUAUUGUACUGUUACCUUUUGAAAUUCUGUUUUUACAAUGCCUUAAGCAAAUACAUUCAUGUAAAUAUAUGGUAAACCUUUGGAUAUGUACUGAGCUUGAAUUAAUUUGUAAUAAAAUACUUUCAAAUGUGUGGA